GUAAUAAAUUUGGCUAGGAGUCGCCGUCUUCUUUCCUCUGACAUUCCACCUCUGCAAAUCCCACCCCUUAACUUUCUUUUACUCCAUAUAUACCACUCCAACCCCAUUUUGCCCUAACCCUUUUCUGAAUUUCCCAACUAUUAUCCUUCCUCUCAUCCUCUGCCCCAUCAAACCUGUUUUAUAUGGAGUAUAUAGUAAUAUGUAUAAAAUAUAUACACACACCCAGGUUAGAUAAUUUCUCUCUCUACAUAUCUGGUGGUAUAUAACACCCAGAGGAACACAAAAUCCCUCAUACUUUGGUGUCAUCUUUAAUGGGUUGUCUCUGAGAUAGUUUAUUGUGAAUUUUAAGUAAUUUCGCGAUACCGGUCUUGUGAGCAAUGCCUGGAGUUGUCGUGGAUGAAAUUGUUGAAGAUGGGGUUGUGAAUGAAAAUGGAAGUUCUUCUCCAUUGAAGGAGAAUUCAGUUGAAAACAACUCCCCUAAAAAUGUGCCAAUGCCACAAGGUCCCCCACUUGAAGCCCCUGUUGAUGGAGCAGUGGUGGAACCAUCAAUUGAGCAGCUUUAUGAUAAUGUAUGUGAGAUGCAGAGUUCUGAUCAGUCACCCUCUAGGGCUAGCUUCGGAUCCGAAGGCGAAGAGUCGAGAAUUGAUUCGGAGUUGCGCCAUCUCGUCGGUGGAGAGAUGAGGGAAGUGGAAAUAAUGGAAGAGGAAGUAGAUAUGGAGAAGAGGGGAGAUGAGUGCCAUAGCGAUUCAGGUUCUAAGAAGGAAAUAAGUUUGUCUACUGGUAAGAAAUCCCCUUCUUCAGUAAAAUCAAAGAAAGCUUCUCAGUUGGAGUUGGAAUCAGAAUCCUCCUCCAAAUCAAAUCUCAAGAGCAAAAGUCCUCAACAGAAGCCUCCUGCGGAUAAGAACUCGAGAAAACCAAAAGCAGGAGGAAUCUCGACUAAGAAACCAAGGAAUUUGCCAGCGGGAGCGGUGAAAUUGCAGAAUGGGACUGAGGACUCAUCUGAAUCCGGGUUAGAUAACCCAGAUCUUGGACCAUUUCUGCUUAAACAGGCAAGGGAUUUGAUUUCUUCUGGGGAUAAUCCCCAAAAAGCCCUCGAAUUAGCCCUUCGAGCGGCAAAGUCCUUUGAGAUAUGUGCAAAUGGGAAGCCCAGUUUAGAUUUGGUCAUGUCAUUACAUGUCACUUCUGCAAUAUACUGUAACUUAGGCCGCUAUACUGAGGCGAUUCCAGUUCUUGAGCACUCAAUUGAGAUUCCAGUUCUUGCGGAAGGUCAAGACCAUGCCCUUGCUAAAUUUGCUGGUCAUAUGCAGUUGGGCGAUACAUACGCAAUGCUAGGCCGACUUCAGAACUCUAUAGAAUCCUACAUGACAGGUUUGGAAAUACAGAGGCAAAUCUUGGGUGAAACUGAUCCAAGAGUGGGUGAGACUUGUCGAUAUUUGGCUGAAGCUCAAGUUCAAGCAUUGCAAUUCGAUGAGGCAAAGAAAUACUGUCAAAUGGCACUUAACAUCCAUAAAGAGAAUGGUUCACCCGCUUCACUUGAAGAGGCGGCAGAUAGGCGGCUCAUGGGUCUGAUAUGCGAAACGAAAGGAGAUCAUGAGGCGGCUCUUGAGCAUCUUGUUUUGGCUAGUAUGGCCAUGGUGGCAAAUGGGCAGGAAACGGAGGUGGCAUCAGUGGAUUGCAGCAUUGGAGACACAUAUUUAUCCUUAACUAGGUAUGAUGAGGCGGUUUUCGCAUAUCAGAAGGCACUAACAAUUUUCAAGUCUUCCAAAGGGGAAAAUCACCCGGCAGUUGCUUCUGUUUUUGUCCGUCUGGCUGACUUGUAUAAUAGAACUGGCAAAUUGAGAGAGUCAAAAUCCUAUUGUGAGAACGCCCUUCAUAUUUACGAAAAACCCGUUCCUGGGAUUCCUCCAGAAGAGAUUGCCAGUGGUCUAACCGAUGUUUCUGCUAUAUAUGAGUCGAUGAAUGAGAUUGACCAGGCACUCAAGUUGUUGCAAAAGGCUUUGAAGAUAUAUAAUGAUGCGCCUGGUCAGCAAAGCACGAUUGCUGGAAUCGAGGCACAGAUGGGAGUCAUGUACUACAUGUUGGGAAACUACUCUGAGUCAUAUUCCUAUUUUAAGGAUGCUGUGUCGAAGCUUCGGGCGAGUGGCGAGAAGAAAUCUGCCUUCUUUGGGAUUGCUCUUAACCAGAUGGGGCUUGCUUGUGUGCAGCGGUAUGAGAUAAAUGAGGCUGCGGAAUUGUUUGAAGAAGCUAGGAGUAUACUGGAAUCGGAAUGUGGACCCUAUCACCCUGACACGCUUGGGGUAUAUAGCAAUCUUGCGGGCACAUAUGAUGCCGUUGGGAGGUUGGAUGAUGCAAUUGAGAUACUGGAACAUGUGGUUGGGAUGAGAGAGGAAAAGCUUGGAACAGCAAAUCCUGAUGUAGAUGAUGAAAAGAAGAGGUUGGCCGAGUUAUUAAAAGAUGCAGGCAGGGUCCGCAGCCGGAAAGCCACAUCACUUGAGAACCUCCUUGAUGCCAACCCUCAUACUGUAAACAAGGAUGGCAUUAAGGUAUGAUAAUGUACUAUAUGAUAAUUUUAUUUAAGCAAAGAACAAAUUGAAAAGAAAGAAGUAUAGGUUGUUGGUGUGUCCAUUAGAUCCUUGUAAUGGGGAGCAAAAUGAAAUAACUGGGUGGGAUUAUGCUUGUAACACAUUGAUUUGUUUUGUAUUGCAUUUUUCAAAUGGCUGUACAAAUUUCUUGGUGUUAAAUAUCUGUAUAUUUGUGUUCAAUAAUUCAAUGAUCGAUGAGUUUUUGGUA